UUCACACACGUCUUCGAAGUUACUUAGAUUCUGAGCUUCCCCACCCAUUGUUUACUGCCGUGACUGCUUAUUCUUGAUGUGAAUAGUGCUUUAUGGACGAUCCUUGGGGUAACGCAUGGGCGGACAAUAACGACGACCGACCGCGGUCACCGAUAGUGAACCUCAAGCUCGAUGUGAAGUUCGACGCGCCGGCGGAGGAGGGGCAGGAAGCGGACAUCGCCCUUCCGUCGUGGUCAGCUGGACCUGGGAUCGAGUGGGCGGACCCUGCGGCGUACUCGGGGACGAACCUGUGGGGGAAGCUGAAUGCGGCGGACGAUGCGAACGGCUGGGCGACGGAGUCGAGCUUUGCGGAUAUCCCGCUUGGGCGGACGCUGGCGCCGGAGGAUCUGGACGAGAAGGACGCGGAUGGGGAUGAAGAGGAGGACGAGGGGGUGGCGCGGCCUGAGGCUGAGGAUGGACGGGACGUGUACCGCUCGCCGACACCGCGAUCGCCUUCACCGCCGCCUUCGCCACCGCGCGUCGCGUCCCUGCCAGGCAGCCCGGACGGCGUGAACGCCUUUGCAGCGGACGUCAACGCCUUUGCGGCGGACGCGGAGGAUGCAUGGGCACCGCCCGUGGACGGGAGCGUCGCGGCGGCGCUGGACUCGCCCGCAGAAGCGUGGGGAGCGGAGUGGGCGGCGGGGGACGACGAUGCGCAGUCCGUGGACGAGUGGGAGGCCGCGAAGCAGGCAAAGGCGAAGCAGGAUCACUAUGUGCCUCCAGAAUUGCUCGCGUCUAUACUCGCUCAGCUUGAGGACUUCUCACGCGACUACUGGCCAAGCGGGAAGAACAAGCGCGUGAAGAAGGAAGACGAGGGAACGAAACAUGGUCAAGAGAGCGGUCAGGACAAAUCUACAGACGUAACGGAGGAGAGGGAGGAGAAUGAGCACUCCGACAAGCUCGAAAGCCCCGAUGCGAAGGAAGGGAAUGCGGACAAUGACGAGAGCCUUUCCGAGCAAGCGGAGGAUGAACAAGAAGAGGAAGAGGAGGAGACGAUGGAGAUGCACCGCGGGCGACCUCAUUCGCGCCACCCUGCCAUCGACGAGUUGGAGGGAAUGGAAGCACUUGUCGACCGCCUAAUCCCUAAAGAUGUCUCCUUCUCUGGCUUCACUCCCUUCCCAAAAUCCGUCACCGCUAAGCGGAUGGCCGAUACCAUUCGCCUGACGAGACAUGCUACCCUCGCGCGUCUCAGUCCCAUGCAUCACCUCGGAUCGUCCAAGGGAUCUCUUGCUUGGGAAGCAUCCGUUAAGGCUCGACCAGAGUACAAUGAAGACGCUGUGGUACCGACAGGCUGGAAGAUUUUGCCUAAGGAAGAGCGCCUGGAGCCGAUGUCACCGACGGAGAGGAAACCGGCUGGCGGACUGUUCUCGUCUCUGUUCAGCAGGAGAUCGUCUACGCCGCCUGUGUCGGCUGCAGCGUCUACCUCUGGUACACCGCGAGCGAGUAUGGACGCGCCUCGUACGCCCACGCGCGCUUCACCUGCUUCGGUGAAGUCGCCCACGACCUCUACGCCCCCCAUCAUGCAAGCUACGCAGAGCGCGCCACCCGCUGCAAAGCCAUCAACUCCACCAAUCACCAGCCCACCCCAGCUUCUGCCAUCCAACAGCCAUGCCCCCGAAAUAUUCCCCGCCCCUGCCCCUGCGCCCUCUGCCGUCUCCCGCUUCCUUAGCCGCUUCUCCCGCCGGUCGUCCUCCUCAGAGCGUGCAUCACUCGCGCUCUCGACUGACGAUCUCGACUUUUUGAACGACGUCGAGCCCGUCGCGGAGACGAAGCCGGGGCAUCGCGCGACGUCGAGCUUCAACCUCGAUAUGGCCUUCCAUUCCCCUGCGGCGCUGCCCCCGCGGCUUGAGCCUCCCCCUGUGGGGCCGAAGAUCGCUCCGCUGCCACCGCCGCCAUCGUCAUCGAGCUCGAGCGCGGCGAGGCCGCAGUCCAUGCCGUCUGUCAGGCCCACCACAUCUGCGACGCUUCUCAACUCUCCACCGCUACACCCGACGACGACGACCGUGCGCAUGCCAACGAGCGCCGUCCUGUCACCGACCAGUGCCCUGCCGACCAGUAAUAUCCCGCCGAUCAUGAAACCGAUGUCGCCCACGAUGACGGGCUCGUCCAUGACUUCCAUGACCUCCUCGGGGACGGCGUCGACAGCGCCGCAGAACGACUUUUUGGAUCUGGAUUUUGGCGCGUUCGACGCGGCGCCGCCGCCCGUGCAGAAGCAGGCUCCGUUUGCGCCGCUGCCAAAACAGGUGCCGUUCGUGCCGCCACCGCAGCCAAGAUCGCAACCGCCACCACAAGUGCAGCAGAGCGCGCCAGCGAUGUCGCGCGCGCCGUCGAUCGCGUCGCGUCCGCCGUCGAUCACGACGCGUGCGGAGUCACCGGCGAUCGGGGCGCGAAGAGGCACGCCUGUGGCGAUCAUGUCCUCGACCCCCGCCCCCGCGGCAGCUGUGCCGAAGCUGGCGCCUGCGUUCUCGCUCGCGCCGCCGCCUUCGUCCUCAGCAGCACCUCUUACAAGUUCGCGGCCUGGGCAUCGACCGGGGUCAUCGAUAUCGAGGCAGCCGCCGCCUCAGCCGGUCAUCCCGCCGUCGCUGCUGGGCGAUGACGAUGAUGACGACUUCAGCGAUUUCUCCUCGGCGUUGCCCGACCAAGGGCGCGCAAACGAUGGGGCCUUGUCGCCGGAGGGAACCAGGCAAGGGUUGAUAGGGGACAUGUCCCCGGCGCUGUUUGGUGACCCAUCGCCGCCGGCCCAGCCUGCGGCUGGUAGCGGCGCAGGGGCGUUUGGUAAGCCUACGAUGAGUGGGUUUUUGAGUGGGUCGUCGCUGGCAUCGUUGCCGAGUACAGCGUCGACGUCGUCUGCAAUGAUGGCGCAGGCGCCCGCGAACGACAGCUUCGACGACUUUGACGAUUUCGUGUCGCCUACGGAUGCAAAAGCCGUGGAUAGCCUUUGGGGCCUCACAGACGGUGACGGCGACCACAAGCAGACAUCCGCAAUCCAAACGCCCUCGCCACCGCGCCCGCCGGCGAAGAACCGGCCCCCACCACUAGGACUGGGGCUCGCUGCACCGCGCUUCGUGCAGCCCGCGCCGCACACGCCGCAGGAGGCGCAGACGCUGAGUGUGCCCGGGGGCUCGGAUGUGUUCUCGCCGCCGCCACCGCUCUAUUCGCCCUCGGUGAUGCCGCCGCCGAAGAAGGUGUCGGGUGCGGCGCAUAUGCGGACGCUGAGCCUGAUGGAGGCGGCGGCGCAUCGGCAGGGACGGUGGCCGCCUGCGCCGCCGUCGCCGUUGCCGGAGGCGAUACCACCGCCGCCGUCGGGGCAUGAGGAUCUGCUGGGGGAGGGAAGUGGGAUAAUGGGUGCGAGUAGUAGUGGCAGUGAGAUGGGCGGUGUGCAUGCGACGGGGCAUCUCAAAUCGUCGUCGUCAGAGCCUAUGACGAUGGCGAAGCCGCCUAGCAAGUUCGUGCGACCGCCGCCGCUCAUACAAUCUGGCACACCGCUGCAGUCCAAGCUCGACGCACCGCCGACGCCGACUGUACCCACCCUGGCGCCUCCGCCCACCCUCUGGGAAGCGCCUGCAGCUCUGACAAACACGUUGCCCUCGCAAGCACCGUCCAAGUCGCCCUCAGUUGCGCCGGUAUUGUCGCCGCCUUCUGGCUUCUCAUUCCCGCCUGCACCCUCUACUGCUGCCCCUUCGCGAUCGGUCGCGUCGCCUCCUCCACCGGCAACAGAUCCUUUUGCUGGACUUUUCGGGAGCAGUCCCGCCCCAGCGAAGGCUUCGGGACCACCAUCAAAGGGAGGGUUGUCGGCGCAGGAUCUGUCGUUUUUUGAGGGCUUAUGAUGAUGCCCUUUUUGCAUUGUUUACUUUGUGUUUGUAACGUUUUCACUACUUUAUUCCAUUGCAUGUCUUUCACUCAUUGGCCGGA